UGUCACUGAAGCACAAAUUGUUGAUGCCCACGAAUUUCACACCUCGAUAUACUCAUUAGGACAACAUCUACCUUUUGCUCUUCCGUAACGAAGCUCGAUCAUUGACCUUGACCGUGGAUAAGAAACAUAAAAAUGACAACCAUGACAACUCCCGCCGACAUUUCGGUUCAAAUCGUCGUUCCCAACGACACCAAUAAUAACCCACCACUUUUGUCGGCCGAGCGACGAAUCACACCGUCAUGGACCAUAUCACAACUCAAGUCCAAACUCGAACCCGUGACCGGGAUCCCUGCUUCUUUCCAGACCCUCCGCACUCGUGGCCACGGCGGCCGUAUAGGAGACCCUUCGUCGUCUUCUCCCGGCUGGGUGACCUUGUCCGACGAUUCCAGCUUGGUGGGAGACCCUGCCUACGGUCUCGUUCGAGGCAGCGAGAUUGAGAUCCUCGACGGCCGUCCCGCGGCGGCGCGGCAACAGUUUGACUUUUCCGACCUCGCCGCGGUCGAAAAGUACCAGAUGCCGGCGUCCCAGUACGAGAAGCUCGAGGACAGCGUGCUCGCUUGGAAGAGGCGGGCCAAGCUGGGCCGGUUCGACCCCGACCAGAAGUCGCCCGCGGAGCUGGCGGAGGAACGGACGAGGGUCGACACCGAGGCCGUCGCCUCGCGAGGGAUCACCGUGGGACAGAGGUGCAGGGUCGGCGAAGACGACGCGAGGCGAGGCACCGUCAGGUUCGUCGGAGCGAUCGAGGGGCUGGGAGGUGCCCGGGAGGCAGGGUGCGUGUGGGUGGGCGUCGAACUGGACGAGCCCGUGGGACGGAACGACGGGAGUGUGCUUGUCGAGGUGACAAUUUCGAACGAUGACGAUGACGACGACGAUGACGACGAAACGAAAGGCAAGAAAAAGGAAAAGACGACGAAAAAGGUCAAGGUUUUUGAAUGCGGUGCGAAAUUCGGUGUGUUUGCGAGACCAGAAAAGGUCGAGGUCGGAGAGCAGUAUGCCCCGCUUGGUCUGGAUGAGGACAUGGAAGAAGUUUGAACGAGGUACCCCUAAAGUCUUGCCACGUUGCAGUUGCAGAAAAUGGUUGGAGGCUGGCGCGUGCCGUGAUCGGAGAUGAGGACGAGCACCAUCUACGGUGUUCUGAAGAAACAUCGUUUGGCGAUACUCGGAAAGCAUUCAGAGCUGGAGAGCCAGGAGGUCAUCACCACCUGGGAAUGACAGAGUACGAGUGGCGAGGGAGCGGGAGUGAAUCUCUUGACACAUACCCAGCCCAUUCAUGACUGUUCUACGACCGAAGGGCAUCACGAGGCGGACUGAUGCCCACUGGAAUGGGAUUAAAGACAUUAUGCUGGUAUCUCUACUCGUACCUGGGUAUGGGUGUGUAAUGUCAACACACUAUCCAAUGGGCGCGACCAAAACGGGCAAAGCAGGAAAAGGCAUCAGAGCAAUCUCGCCGUACGUAUUGAUGAACAAAAGACCUCGGACAAUAUAGAGGUUACAACAAUUUGCGCGAACGAUGCAUGGGCAUUUCCAUUGUCAAGGUGAUGAUAAUUCUAGACAUGGCGACAAAAGUUUUCAUUAUAUUCAUAGUAUUUCGUACGAAGUACUCGUAUCAAU